GUUGCUGGUUUCAUGAAACCGGACGCCAACUCUCAAAACCAGCAGCUCUACCUCAUCCUGUUUUCUGCUUCCACUCCCUACCAAUUCUGAGGCUUUUAUAAAUCGACUCCUCACUAUCCCUUCUUCCCAUCGAUCACCAAACGAACAACAACAAUCUUCUUCUUCAACCGAUUAUUCCCUCAAACCAUCCAAGAGAGAAGCGGCCAUGGCUUCAGCGAGCAGAGCUUCUUGGAUUGUGGCGGCCAGCAUCAGCGCUGUGGAAACGCUGAAGGAUCAAGGUGGCCUUUGCAGAUGGAACUAUACUAUGAGAUCUCUGCAUCAAAAGGCUAAAAAAGAGAUGGGUUCUUUUUCACUGGCAAGAAGAACGCCUUCUUCUUCCUCUUCUUCUUCCUUGAUGGAAGGAAGCAUAGUCAACACCAGAGGAGAGCAAGCUAAGAAAGCAGAGGAGUCCUUUAGAAAAGUUAUGUAUUUGAGCUGCUGGGGACCAAAUUAGAUUGUAUCUAUGAACUCAAUUAGUCCAACGAUCUUCAAAAGUUUUUUUGUUUUUUGGUGUAGUUUCUGUUAUAAGAAAUGAAAUAUGGGACUUCCUCUGCCAUAUAGAAAUAUUUUUGGUUAA